AUGGCUGGGGGCUGCUUAAUAGCUCUUCUGUGUGUGUUACUGCCGAGCAAUUCUUUAGCUCUUGCUCAACAGCUCAAUGCCACUGAAGGCCGAGGCCAAACUGUAGAAGGUGGUCCUACGAGACGACAACAAAUACUAACUGGGUAAGUCAAAUAAUCUAACACAUGCCUAACAAAACAAUUCUCUUCCCAAUUGAUAUUAUUUCGAUAAAAACAUGCUUUUCACGUUCAUAGCCCUAUAAAUGCGUUUUGUUUGAACACUGUGUUGGAUAAAUGUGCUUGAUGGAAAAUCUAAGCUGGCUGGCGCGCAUUCGUUGAAUUGUGUUCAAAGUUCUUAACGCACUCGUAAAUUACUUCCAGCAUCGCCAAACUCGUGGCAUGUGCUUACGCUCUCGUUUGGAGUGCUAUAAUCAAGCAAAAAACGAACGCCAGCGGUGCAUUUGUUAUUGAUUUAUAAUUAGAAAUUUGCACGGGGAUUUCUCGUUAUCAAGGCUUGAUUCAUAGACGUGCUACAGUAGAUGACAGAUUUCGCUCUGAUGUGGAAUCUUGUCAGUUGAUCGUGAGUUUAUCAAAUGUCGAUUGGUUUUAUCCCUGAUGGCUUCAUUUAAUAACAAUGAAAUCCAAUGAUACUUUGAUAAUUCUUUCAGGCCAAAUGUGUGCGGCAGUCGGAUCAAUCCCCAAUGCUGUCCGGGAUGGCAACAAAGGGCUUCCGUUGGGUUGUGUAUAGUGCGUAAGUGUUGAUCGCUUUCUUGGUGAGAAAAAUAAUUUUCUACUAAAAACUCGGAAUUAGGCUUUGUUUUGUAACGUCAAUAUAAAUCUUCCAAUCUUCCUUCUCCUCCCUUUCCUAUUGUAAUCUUACCAGCUAAGUUUUAAUUCUCCGUGCGUGUAUAACUUAAAGCUAUAUUUAGAUUACCAAAAAUGUUAAAUUGCAUCAUAAAAUCAAGUCUUUAUAUCAUGUAAUAAGAUUUUCAAGAGAAUUCCCGAUAAGUGCGGUGAAAAUCGCGCCCUUUCUUAGUUUCACCUUUUAGUUUACCAAGGGAAGCGAAUUUUUUUAUGCCUAACUAAUCAUUAAUUCAACCACAGCGUGUCAGAGGGAGUUUAAAUUAACACAUAUCUAAUAUCCCAGGGCUGUUUAAAGAUGACAUAGAAUACAAUCAAAGAACAUUUUGCAUACCGUCAAAAAUUCAAUUUUUGUUCAAGAAUUAAAGGUCAAGGUCUUUUUCCCUUUCUGUAUUUUGAUAUACGCAUUAGGGUCAAAGAGAAGCGAGUGGAGGGAGAUGUGGUUGGGGGUUUAAGUAGUCAUCCAACAUUUCAAAAAAAAGAUCUGAGCAGCUCUUACCGGCAGCUUACUUACGUUUUUGAAUUUGACGAUAGAAUUUAAGUGAUCGAGAUACUCAAUGAACACAUGUUUUUCCCCCUUUAUCCCUUCCCAUUAAACUUCGUUUCCAUGCUGUCCUUGUCACCUGGUUGCUUGCGUCGUGGUAGCGACUGAGGACGAGUUAGUUGGCAAAUCGUUUUGGUCGAUUGUUAGCUGGAAUCUUUCCGUGCGUCCAUGUAUUCUGUGUGUGUACUAGGAUAGUGUUGCAAUUUUUCGAUCUUUUAGAACACCGCGCGCUUGCGCCUACUCGGCGAAAGCGUUCGGUUAACUCUCAGAAGUGAUCAAUAUUUGACUUCUCCCCAAAAUAUCUGUACAUUAUUCAGCAAACAAGUGAUGAGAAUGCUCAAACUUAUCAGGUAGAAGUUAGCCUUAUCUAACACCAAAUUCUCCUAACUUAUUUACAGGAAAAUGUUUAGCAGGUUGAGGGGAGAAUUAACAAUCAGAUCUUUGAAGUUAAAGGGUUAUUGGUCGUGAUGGUGAAACUGAAUUUUAAUUUUCGAAAUUUCCUUAUCUGCAACAUGCCCAACUUGAAGGAUCUCCAUUAUUGAGGCUUGGAAAACGAUUGCAUUGCUAGUCGAGGGAUCCCCCUCUCUCCUAUCGCCAUAAGUUAUAAUUGAGUUCUUCCGCACGUCUGAAAUAUUGUCAAAAUAGUAUCAGAAAACAUAUUCUUCAGAGUUGAAUCAAUUCAACAAGAACAGUUAUGCUUUGGUCCGAUUUUUAGUUUUGCUUUACGAUUUUCCCAUGUGUAAAGGAAGUGAUUCCAUCCUGGGUUCUAAGUGGUCUCGUAACCAAAAGAUAUAAGCUGCAUUCGUAGGCUUAAAAUUAAAAAAAUAGUUAACUCCUUUUGUUUUACCAAUAUUUAACAAAUUUCCCUCUAAAUUAAGGUAGCCAAUGGUUAGAAGAAGUUCGUCCGUCGUGGUGUACUAAUUUUUACGGAACGUCUAGUCUCCUUAACUUACAAUUAACAAUUUCAUUUUUGAUUGAUCGACUUGAAUCAAUCUUCAUUACCUUCAUGUUCACUUAACCGCAUUUAUAAACACUCAUCCUGCCUUCAAAGUAACGAAGACCCCCGGUUCUAACCAUAAAAUUCCUUGAGGUAUCUACAAAAUCAGCCCACAUUAGAGUUAAAGGAUUAAUGUUUACUUUGAAACAGCUUGUAUGACCUCAUCCUCGUAAAUAUUACACCCUAAAAUUGUAAUAAUAAAACAUACAAAUAAAAUUUAAAGAGACAGAAAACCAAUAUUACACGAUGCGUUUUGCGUUUAAGUUGAAAUAAAAAAUAUUAUGGUGUCCCUGUUUUAGCAAUGUGUCGGUAUGGCUGUGGUACUGGAGUUUGUUUCAGACCUGGCGUUUGUCGAUGUCCAAAUGGCGCGUUUAGUCCGUCAUGCAGUGGGGUCCAGGUACAAGGUGAGUUAAUCGACUUGUUUGCGAUAACUGUCAUUAAGCUUUAAGCCAAUAAACUGACUGCUCCACACAAUCAGCCAUGGAAUCGUUUCUUAAAAGUCCAGCUAACGGAUCCAAAGCCAUACUUUGAGAUCUUAAGGAAUAGCACUGCUAGUCUCAACGAUUAAAACAGCGCAUGCUAUAUCGUUUGAAUUUCAAAACUAUUCAUCUUUUGAUAUUGAAUUUAAACAAUAAAAAGGACGCUGUUCCUUUUAACAAAAAAAUUAUCAGAAAUACGUACAAACUUAAAAUGUUAAAACUGUGUUUACAUACUAUCAUCCGAACACACUAAUCGACAAGUUGAAACGCUUUUACUAAUGUAUAUCAGUUGUUUCAUUAUAGACUUGAAACAUCCGACAGAGGCCCUGAUUUUAAGCUUUAUUGACUUAGUAUUUGUAAUAACAUGAUUUCGAGUGCAAUUUGGUGUUAAUAAGCACGAGCAAAUUUUUCAAAGACAGCAAAAUUGCACGAGCCCGUAGGGCAAGUGCAAUUUGUAGUCUUUGAAAAAUUUACAAGUGUUUAUUACACCAAAUUGCACUCGAACUGAAUCAUGUUAUUACUUAUAUAAUAUUUAUGAAAAAAAAAACAUCACAGAAAGUUAAGACAGACGAAAUUUUGAAAGCGUGCGCGCACUCUUUUUUGUAUUCGUUUUAUAUUUUUGACUCGAGUUAAAUCAGAAUGCAUUCGUUCUCAGCUAAUCACAAGCGCGAAAUUUUUCAUGUACAUUAUUAAAUCCUAAAUUCAGUUUGAUUGUAAGGUUUUUCCUUGGAAUUCUUUCAGGCGGACAAUGUAACGUAUUAUGUUUUAAUGGUGGAACUUGUAACAAAGAUAACUGCACCUGUAAAAAUGGAUUCACUGGAAAGUUCUGUCAGUCACGUAUGUAGAUCCUUUCGUCACUUCUCGAUUUAAUUCAUGUUAUUUGUUUUUGGGAUGUGCGAUGGCCUUACGGUUGAUGCGAUGGAUUCCUGGUCGAGAGGUCUGGGUUCGAGACUCGGCCAGGUCAUUUUGUUGUAUUCUUAAGCAAAACACGUUACUUUCACAGUGCCUUUACUGAAAUCCUUAGUCUAAACCAUAGCCUUAAACCCUUGACUAAAUUUUCUUCUUUUCCAGCCAUUUGUCAGGAGCAGUGUCUCAAUGGAGGUCGUUGUGUUGGACCUGACAAGUGCGCAUGUCCUUAUGGAUUUACUGGAAACCGCUGUCAGCAAGGUAUCGACUUAAUAUGAAAAAUUUUUUGAGGUAUGAUUUCCUGAGCUAAUUUCAUGAAGCUUACCGUGAAUUUGAUUAUUCUUUAGAUUACAGGGUUGGUCCUUGUUAUACCAAAGUUAGAAACCGGAUGUGUCAUAACCAAUUACGGGGUGUGGUCUGCACAAGACUCACAUGCUGCGCAACUAUUGGACAAGCGUGGGGGAACCCGUGUGAACGUUGUCCUAGCAAACCAGGUGUGUUCUUCACUCUUUGUAGCUUAACUCUCAAGCGAAGGGUCUAGGCGAGACUCCUCUUUUAAGUCUUCUAACUGUUAAGAUAAAACUGAAGAUAACACAAACAUUAUCUUAUAAAAUAUAAUCUAGGUAUUGACCUUAGGUGCUCUGACCUCGAAAUGACUCCCGACUCGGAGAGGAAUUGGGAUUAGGGGUUCUUUCAGGUGUCUAACACUGAGUCAGUAACAAGAUCUAAAAUGUAGUUGAAGCCUGUCAGUUACAUUUUUGUACAUUGUAAAACUUACUUAUAUGGUAUGAUAGUUGAUGAUGAACUUUAUUUACUUUCUCUAUGAAAUAGAACCCUGUGAUAGAGGAUAUCUCCCAAAUUUUCGGAGCAAGGCAUGCCAAGGUAUUUUGUUAUCAUUUUAUAUUAAAAAUUAUUGCGCCAUGGUUUUUAAUUUUUUCUUAAAACGAGAAAAUGUUGAUGCAAAACUACAAAACCUCACACUAUCUUAUGCUUUUUUAAUCAGACAUCGAUGAAUGUAAAGCUAUCCCAAAGAUCUGUACAGGUGGAAGAUGUAUCAACACUAUUGGGAGCUACCAUUGCGAAUGUCCCGCGGGAAAAAAACUUAACACAGACUCUCAGAAAUGCACUGGUAGGUGUAAUUUGCCUUUGGAUGCCUGGUGAAAUAACGAUAGAAUAGAAAUAGAGUUUUUGGGCACAAGUUUCUUUUUGAUUACUUUCUGGCCGUGAACCACGACAUACCAAUUAAUGACGAAGAUCACAAUUAAAGCGAGUGAUAUGCUAAAACGUUUUUACACUGAUAGAAACAUUGCAUAGACCAGGAUUUCAUAUCCAUAUUCAUUCCUCCCGUUUUCACUCUCUUCUUUUUGGAAACUCGAUAACCUUAGAUUUAACAUCUCACCGUGAUCAGGUUAAUAACAUUCCGUUUGAUUCCAGACAUGGAUGAAUGCACCGAGAUUCCAGGCAUCUGUGCAAAUGGCCGAUGCGAGAACACCGACGGUAGUUUUCGAUGUGUUUGCAAAGAAGGAUUCAUUCUGAGCGAGGACAAGAGCUUUUGUAUAAGUAAGAUACAUUGUUCAUCCUUUCCCAUAAUCCGUGCACAGUUCUCCUAGACAUGGCUUCCACUGCUCCGAGGAGAUUCCCGCCAAUUAUGGAUUUUAUAAUUUGAGGAUGGUCACAAAAUAUGUUAAUUUGAAAUAAUCUUUGAAUUUUUUCAGGCAAAAAAUCCGGGUAUUGUUAUCAACGAGUAGUGAAUGACUACUGUGUUGACCAGUCCUCUUCAAACACAACUAAACAUGGCUGCUGCUGCUCCAAGGAGAGUCCUGCUGGCUGGGGAUCACUCUGUGAACGGUGUCCUUCCCGACAGACACGUGAGUUGCACGUGACUAACUCUUGAUCGCUUGUCAUCAGGAAGAACUCAUUUUUCCUUAGAUAAAAAUUUUUACUCUAAGGUGAAUUCAUAACUUGAACACGUAAUGAGGUAUAACGCAACUUUACUCUGACUAAUCAGAUUAUCCAAUAUCCUUCCCUGACUUUUACUCGAGAAAAGCGCAGCAGUCAACCAUAUAAUUUUUUCUCCCAUCUAUUUGUAGCGGAAUACUCAGAAUUGUGUCCAAAUGUUUCUAUUCCAACUCCCAAGCCUCCAGGUAUGUCAUCACCCAAAUAUACUUGAAAUGAUAAAAUCCGUUGAAAUGGUAUAUUUUUUCUGUUAUACAUCGUUACAUCCUCGCAAAUCUUGUUUAUCAGAUCAACUGAGUCUGAUGUGUGGAGUUUCGUGCACGCUUAUUGUAGUAUAGCAAGUGUUCACACCAUACGAAUCACGGUUGUUUUGCACAAUCUUUACUCUUGCUUACAUAUGUCUUUUUGUUCUGUACCUGUUUCCCACGUUUGGACCAGUUUUGCUAACGCCAUCAAGAAGGGCUUAAUAAUUUCGAAUUCGUGGUGCAUUUUCCUUUAGUUACGGCAGACCAUUCUAGUCACAAAUGAUUUUUCAGUCACUCCUCGAUGAGGUUCGUAAACCUAUGAACAAAGCCUCGUCAGUGAGUGAACUAACGCUAGAAGCCCACCGUUGCAGAAUUCCCCUCUACUUUUUGCUUGAGAAGAGUGCUCCACGGAAUCAAUGUUGAUUCCUAACAUAAACUACUUUUUAUUCUAUUUUUCCCCUGGAAGUGGACGAGUGUAAAAGACAAGGGAACGCAUGUCUUAAUGGCAGAUGUAUCAACGUUCCAAGCGGCUUCCUGUGCUUGUGCAAUACAGGAUAUGUACUUGGACGAGACAAUAGGUGUCUCGGUAAGUGUGUCGCAAAAACAAACCUUUCCCAUUAUAAACCGAGGAGCAAUAAAUUUUAAUUCUGCAUGAGGAAGAGGCCUUUUUGGGAAAACUGAAAUGUUGUCCCCACAGUGUCGGGUGGAACACUUUGGGUGGUAAAAUCUCCAAAGAUUCGAGCAUGUCUGCCAUCAUUUGCCAUCAUGAUGGCCUUUAGUGCUGGAUGCUAUCUUGGCCAAGAGGGUUAUGAGCGUUGCACGAGCCAUGGAGAGGUAUAUACACAUUGCGAAAAAAGCCUUUUCCUAUCAACACUAUCCCACUAUACUAGAAAAUUAUACAUAUAAUAUGUAGAGAAAAAAGAAUACCAGUCUCUAAAAUGUUUCUGUCGAUUAAAGUGGUCUGUAAGUUUCUGUUGGUAAAGUCCAGGAUUUCCACGUUUCACCAAUGGCUGAAAAAUUGUUGUUUUGCAGAUGUAGACGAGUGUUCAGCGAAUUCGCUGCUAUGUAGAAAUGGGCUUUGUAUUAACAUGAACGGUACUUACAGAUGUGAGUGUAACCCCGGCUUCCAGGUGUCUUCUGACGGGAAAAGCUGUUCUCGAGGUUAGUAUGCUACUCCCGUUCGAACAUUCCUUAGCACAGAAAUCUCUCUAACUCUCAAGACUUGAUGCCAAUCCAGGAAGUGGUUAUCUCCGAAAGAGAUUCACGUUACACCUUUUUUUAAACAGUUCUCUUGUUUCGCAGGUGUCGACCCGUGCUCUCAGUCGGGUGUUUGUGAGAACGGCGCUUGUGUGAACACAAGAGAUGGCUUCACUUGUCAAUGUCGUAGCGGAUACACAUUGACGUCUGACAAAAGAACAUGCACAGGUGAACACGGUUCAUUUCAUUCGACUUAACCAUUACUGUGCUGUAGAGGAACGUCAACAUUUGUUACAUGUUACCAUUACAGAAGGAUUCUUGCAGAUGAAUCUCGUGAAAUUCUUACCAUGUUAAGCGGAAAUCACUGUAAGACAGAGAUCGUUACAAUUAAAUCAGACUGCUGUCAACUGGGCAGCCUUUUGCGCAGGCUCUCGCCUUAACUCUCUUUAUCGUUUGCAGUGAUCGCAUCGUUCUCUUGUAGCUUCGUUCCAUAGUCGUUGCUAAGAUAUUUAUUUCGUAGCCACAAUUACUCACACGUGGCUUCUGAACAUAUUUUGACCUGUCAUUCAAUGUUAUUGGUUGCCAUCUCUUUUUGGCAGAUAUCGAUGAGUGCAAAUCCCAGUCCGUCUGCAGUAACGGCCAGUGUACUAACUACCCCGGAGGUUAUGAAUGUUCGUGUGAUACUGGGUUUGAACCAAGCUCUGACAUGCGCCAUUGCAACGGUGAGUAUACUUCAGGAGCUCUGAAAUUCGCUAUCAUCCCAUAAUAUAUAUUUUUUGCCAAACGAUUCUUCAAAAAAUGGAAAUAAAGUUUAAAUAUGUGAUUGCUGUUAUUCUACAGACAAAGACGAAUGUCUUACUCCGCGAUUCUGUGUCGACGGAAAGUGCGAGAACAGUCGUGGAUCAUACCGCUGUACAUGCCACAGAGGGUUCCAAAAUACAGCAGAUCCAAGAGUUUGCAUAGGUAGUCACUUGCAUCAUUUUAAUUUUGAAAUAAUUUCUAUUAAAGUUUUUGUUAAGAUAUGUUAUUCGAUAGCGAUUUAUCUUGUCGUUUCGUCUUUGGAGAAGUACCUUAGUUCCACCAGGUGGGAAAAAAGGAUAGAAAUUCUGCUAAAACAUAAAGACAUUGAGACGUCAUUAGUUUGUGUAAUUCAAUAUCAUUAAUGAUAAAAUGAGUAGCAUGGGAUUAGAAUGAACUGUUAAAGUAAUCUUCUCAGUGUUGUAACAUUUCAGAUAUCGAUGAGUGCCUACAGGAUAACAUUUGUAAGAAUGGUCGCUGUGUGAAUGAGCCAGGUAGCUUCAAAUGCACUUGUGAACGUGGUUUCACCCCAAGUGCUGAUGGGAAAGCUUGCAUAGGUAAGAUCACGUGCAGUCUCUUACUCAGUCAAGUAAGAAAGAGAGGAUAAAGCUCUCUUGAGCUCAUAUCAAUUUUAUAAAAAACUACCAGAGGUAAUCGUGCACAAGCCAGAGCUUCGGUUCUCUGUCUUUGGACGGCCUGGAAAGGCUGCGACGCUUCUGUCUCCAACAGUGCAAAGUCUUAGACUCGGAAUGGGUAUUUAGCAUGAUAGAGCAUAAAUUCAAUUCAGUGCUGUGGUGCAUUUGAAAUCGAAACAAAUUUAAGCCCUCGCACGGGCUCCUAGAAAACUGGAAGAGUUUAGCGAAAGAAAGAAGAGUUUCUUUGAAACAAAUUAUUUCGUGCCCAAACAACCCAAAAUGUCAAUUUUUUCAGUUCUUGCCGUGACACCACAGACGACGAUAAACGUCUCCCAAUCAUUUGAGGAUGGCGCGCGAUUAGAAAUAAAAUUUUGUGGCCAAUUUGGGAUUUUGGCCACUAGUGGCCGAUUUUGUAUUUUGGAUACAAAUGACCGAUUUUGGAUUUUGGACACAAGUGGCCGAUUUUGUAUUUUAGCCAUUAGCGGCUGAUUUUGGAUUCUGCCCACCAGUGGUCGACCUUGGGUUUCGGCCACUAGUGGCCCAUUUGGGAUUUUGGCCACUAGUGGCCGACUUUGGAUUUUGGCCACUAGUGGGCGAUUUUGGAUUUUGGAUACUAGUGGCCCAUUUUGGAUUUUGGCCACUAGUGGGCGAUUUUUGAUUUUGGACACUAGUGGGCGAUCUUGGAUUUUGGCCACUAAUGGCCCAUUUUAGAUUUUGGCCACUAGUGGCCGAUUUUUGAUUUUGGACACUAGUGCGCGAGCAUGGAUUUUGGCCACUAGAGGCCGAUUUUGGAUUGUGGCCACCAGUGGCCGAUUUUGGAUUUUGGACACUAGUGGGCGAUCUUGGAUUUUGGCCACUAGUGGCCGAUCUUGGAUUUUGGCCACUAGUGACCGAUUUUUGGAUUUUGGACGUUAGUGGGCGAUUCUGGAUUUUUGCCAUUAGCGGCUGAUUUUGUAUUUUGGACACUAGUGGCCGAUCUUGGAUUUUUGCCACUAGAUGCCAAUCUUGGAUUUUUGACACUUGUGGCCGACUUUGGAUUUUGGCCACUAGUGGCCGUUUUUGGAAUUUGGAUACAAGUGGCCGAUUUUAGAUUUUGUGGCCGAGUUUGGUCACUAGAUGCCGAUCUUGGUUUUUUGACACUUGUGGCCGCUUUUGUAUUCUGGACGCUAGUGGCCGACUUUGGAUUUUGGCCACUAGUGACAGAUUCUGGAUAAAAGUGGCCGAUUUUAGAUUUUGUUCGCCAGUGGCUGAUUUUGUAUUUGGACACUAGUUGGCGAAUUCGGAUUUUGGACUCCAGUGGCCUAUUUAUAUUUUGGCCAGUAGCGGACGUUUUUGGAUUCUUGACACUAGUGGCCAAUUUCGGAUGUAGGACAUCAGUGUCACAUUUUUUGUCUUCGACAUAAUUGUUUGAUUAUUGUGUUUAUUUGUUUGUGCCUCCUAUUUAAUAGGCAGUGAACCACUAUUUUAUUCCUAGCUGAUAGCCACCAGCCCAAGAUUUUAGUUUAUGCUUUGACACUACAGAAGACAGCAGAAAACGAUAAACCUCUAAUAAUCAUUUUAGGAUGGCGCGUCAUUUGAAACACAUUAUUUCCUUGCUGAAACAUCUUGAUAGGUGUGAAGACUCAGAGGGAAAAUGUUUGUUUGAAGGGAGAGCAUUUUACCGUCUUAAUCAGCAAAGUAUUCCCAGUAGAUCUGAAGAUGUAACUUUUUCGGUUCUUGCUGUGACCCCAGAAAAGACGAUAAACAUCUCCGAAAAUUCUCAAUUCUCAUUCUCACCACGAAUGAGUAAUUUUAAUCAAAACUUUUCCUCGUUGAAAUAUCCCAUUAGGUGUGAUUUGCACCUCAUGGAAACUUUCAGGAAAUUGUUUGAAUCAGAGAAUUAUGCUUAAGAGACCCGCUAAAUUUGCGAAGCGAGCAAGCUGUGAAAUACGAUACCUUCAGUUUACAGGGUGACUCCAGUAAACGGAUGAUGGAAUGGCAGAAUUCCGGAAUAUCCUAAAACGUGGAACGCCUCAUUUUAUGAAACAAAGUCUUUGCAAUAAAAAUAAGAAAAUUGUUUAAAAUUAACAUGGAAAAAUCUAAAGAAGUAGAGUUUAAUUAUAAUUGGUGCUUAGAGUACAGGUGAACCGUUAGGCUUUAGAGCUAUCCCCUCUCGAUCAUUAUAUAACUAUUGUUCAUUAUGGGUACUGUUAAUUUGAUAAUUUGUUAGUAUUUAAUUAUUGGUUGAAUUUCAAUUUGUCACUAUGUUCUUGAAUUAUCUUUCUCUUGUGGAACGGGGUAAUCAUAAUAUGUGGUAUGCGGCAGGUUUUCCGUUUUGUAUCUGAAUUAAAAUCUUUUGCAACAUAACCUUCUAGCGUCAUUAUAUAGCCUCUAGUUCUUUUCAUUGCUAUAAAAAACUGUGCUGUACUAGUAGCUACACGUAGUCUUAGACUGCCUAUUUUUAACAACACAAUUGCUCUGGAAUAGAUAUAACUAGAUAUCACACAAAGUCUGACUGUCAAAACAUUUUGCGAAUAAUCUAGGAAGGUUUUAACUUUGCCAUCGUUGUAAUUGUUUAGAUACAACGCUUGGUCGCUGUUACGCCAAGGUAGAAAGCAGCCGGUGUUCUCAGCCCCUGAUGAGAUUCCUUACGCUAUCGCAGUGCUGUUGUGGCAUGGAGAAUGGUGGUCAGCGGGGAUGGGAUGAUCCAUGUACACCGUGUCCUCUGAAGGGUACAGGUAGGAUUGAUUUGCUCUUUACUUCGCGAUUGAAGAUAAGAAGUCGCAUUGCUUUAAGUAGGGGCUUUGCGGUCGCAUGUCCGCAAGGUUGUUCUUUGUCCGCUGUUCCCAAGCUGAAUGUGAAUUUGGAGUUUUGAUUCUUAUAAAAGGGGUAAAUGGCAGAUGUUGAUUGUGUUUUGUCUUGUUUACAGAGAGUUACAACCGAGUUUGUUGUAAAGGACCCGGAAUGACUUGCGGUGGAGAUGGUAAGGCCACAUGGAUGUGCAAUUUCGUUGUUAAAAGUGACGUGGAGGGAUGGGGGGGGGGAGUCCUUAUACUGGUUUAUUACUUUCAUUUGGAAGUAUGCCACUUGUUUCCUUAUAAUAAUUAUAAUUUCCGACUGAUAAGAGGAGGUGUGGUCAAAUAUAACUUACGACCCCUUCCCCCAUCUCUCUCCUUUAGUUACGCCUUUGCCUCGAAUUAUUGCAAAAAAUCCGUUUUCCGUGACAACGUUAGCUCUUUUUGCAUGCCAAAAAUUAUCUUUCUUAUUCGCCUAGCCAGUAAUGAUAGGGUUGAUUUAACUAGUUUUGGGCAAACAUCUGUUUUUGUUUCUAACUAUCUUACUAUUAAAAACUGACUUAUGGCGUCCUUAUUUUAUCCAUAAUACUUAGAAAAUUAAUCUUCAAACGGUUAAGAAUAUAUGAAAGUCAUAUAUUUAAACUGCGGAUAAAGACGUGAACGAAAGUGAUCCUCACAGUAACGUGCACUACUUAAGCAGUAGUGAAAAUAAGCCUGAAAAAAAUUUAGGUCUGUACGGGAUUUGAACCCAUGACCUCUGCGAUACCAGUGCAGUGCUCUACCAACUGAGCUAACAAGCCAACUGGGAGCUGGUCAUUAUGUUGGUUCCAAAUAAACCCGUGAAGUUUUUUUUUUAGAUGUUGAUGAGUGUGUGAAUAACGCUGGCAUGAAGACAAAUGUGUGUACCAACGGACAGUGUCAAAACACGAUGAAGGAUUACAUCUGUGUUUGCAACCCAGGCUACCGCAGCGAUGUUACUAAAAAGCUAUGCAACGGUUAGAGAUAAACUAUAUACUCUUGGGUGUCAUUAAAGGGAGUUUAAUACUUGAGCAGUUUUUAACUUAAAGACAGACAGCAGGGUAACUGACAGACAAAGAAAGAGUUUGAUAUUGGACAGAGGUAUGCACAGACAGACUGACAGAAGAGCUAACAAAGAAAGACUGAAAGGCUGACAGGAUGGCACACUGACACACUGAAAGGCUGACAGAUUGACAUUCACUCUGGCGUUAUAUUCUGGUUAUAUUUCCCACCGAAAAAGCACCACAGUUUCUUUAGAAACCUACCCAUUUAUUAAUCUGACAGACUGAUAGUUGACAUACUGACAUGAAGAGGGACAUUUAGCUAAAUUUUCGUGGAGAUGUGGUUCGUUAAACGGCAUUGAUCGAUGAUGGAAACAUCAUUAUGUGCGCAGUAGGGAUGUAACACGCUUUUAAGAAUAGACACCUGAUACAGGCUCCUCAAAUAUGUUCGCUUUCUGUUAACUUAUGCCUCAUGAAGUUAUACAAAACAAUAUUGUUGAUCAUCAAAAUUAUUAGGUCUCCAAUGUUUUCUUUUUAGACAUCGACGAGUGCACAGAGGACCCAAGACUUUGCCAAGGUGGAAGCUGUCAAAACUUAGCUGGCACUUUCUCCUGUGAUUGCCCCAAAGGAUUCUCUUUAAAUACUCAAUCUAGAAUCUGCGAAGGUAAAGAUUUGUUUGUGCAAGUCCAAUUUUCUUCCCCUUUUGAUUUUGCAUACAAGCUUUUCGAUUGUUUCCGUUGCAGUAAUGAAAAUGUCGUAGUGAGUAAAAUCAAGCUCUACAUUUAAGAGUACGUGAAAUUUUAACGAGUGUUCUACUUAGUAACCUUUCAUACAACUCAUGUCUAAUGACGCUAGCCGCUUUACGAGACAAAUCGCUGAGAAAAUUACACAGCAUGGGGCUUUUCCAUCCUAUCUAAGUUUAAAUUAGAUCCCUUUGAAAGCCCUAGAAUGUAGAACGGCCAUCAUAAGAGAGCGAUUCUCCUUCCCUUAAAAAAGUCUCAUACUUUUCCUAUCUAUGAUCGAUGAUUGAUCGAUUGUCGUUUAACCAAACCCAGAUAAAUAACAACUGCCGAUCAGAACGAAAAUUGACUUCGCAAAGGGCCGGUAAGAACCCAUAAGAAAAUCCCUACGACGACCAGCUCGUGAUUAUUUUGAAAUUUGCACUUGAUUGGUUGAGGAUAGCCAGAGUAUUCUAGGCCAAUCAAACAGGGCAGACAGUGAAGAAAGACUAAUUAAUCACCGGAACUGCUCCUAACUGACCUCCUAUACUUAAACCACGCUAUUUAUUCAUUUUCAGAUAUUAAUGAAUGCGCCUUCGAGGGUCAGUGUAUUGCUGGAACGUGUCAAAAUACUUUUGGUAGUUUCCGAUGUCAGUGUCCUCGUUAUUACGAAUUAGAUGGAUCGGGCAGGAUUUGCAAAGGUAUCCCUAAAAAUUGAAUAUAAAUGAUUUGCAAACCAGAAGGCUAUAAAAUUGAGAAGUUUGUCUUCUGGCACCCCUUUAUGGAAAAUUGGCAAUCUAAAAGUUUUCCAUGGUCAUCUAUUUGGUUCCCUCUUCAUAAAUGCGCCUCCAUGCCUUUGGUCUGUAAAUUAAAAACAAACAUGAAGUCGACUUCGUUUGAAAAGAUGAUAAAAAACCUUUCAACUUUACAACUACUACAUUCUAAUGCAAUAGUUUUUGGGGGUUACGCGAUCUUCCUCGACAAGCUACGGCUAUAAUUUUGUCCAGUCAUUAACCAUUAAACUCUGUUAUUCGUGUAAAUGUGACUUUGUUAUUGAAAACUUUCAGACAAAAGAACAGCGCAAUGUUGGACAAAAAUCAUGAACAAUCGCUGCGAGGAAUCCAUCAAUGGCGACGUUUCAUUAGAAAUGUGUUGUAACACCAUAGGUAAAGGCUGGGGAAGUCCUUGUGAAGAAUGUCCUCCCAGGAAAGGAGGUAAGCGAUAUUUUGUUUUGGUAGCGUCGAGUUGCACAUCCUGGUCUCAGUCUGCACUUGCAUUCCUUUCUCAGUUUUCUCUCUUCCUUUUUUCUUUUUCUUCCUCUCGUUAUUGUGCAACACGUGGGUUUGAUGCAUAAGCAGAUUGGAUCUGUGCUACAGAUCCUCAACUAGGCAGCCUUAUGUUAUUCUUGAGUGAAGUGGCGCAGAUGAAACGAGAAAUUUCGUCCACUUGUACCUCUGCACCCCAACUGACCGCCUGAUCACAGACUUUCUUCCGUACCAUUAAAUCCCAUGAGCUAUCGAGCACCACCAUCUCACAAUUUAAGCGCAAAUAUUAAAAACGAGUGAUGAAACUCUUUUUUGCAGAUGAGCGGUGUGCUUUAGGGUACGCCAUUCAAGACGAACCAAGAUGUACAGGUAACUAAUGGGAGAGCUAUUUCUCGAGAAGUAUGAGUCUAUAUGGAAUUGAGAGAGCAGCCAUCACUGCAUGUGAUGGGUUACGUAACGAUAUCAAAUCAACAAAUUAAUUAGUAGUGAUACCUAUCAUGAUUGACAGUAACACUGAGCCACUUCUUUGUGGACUCCUUAACUUUUUCAUUUCUUUUGCCUUAUCUCUAAAGAAGUAAAAAUUUUUUAUUGCAAUAAAAGUUUGAUUCCUAUAAUAUCUGGGCUCAUCAAAUAAAACCAAAGAAACGUUUCUUCAACUGAUGGGCGAAAGGUUGUUUAACUAAGUCUUAUGAAAUAUGUGCGCCCUUCUGUGAUGGUAGAUGUCUUUGUAUUUGUGGUUUGCAGACAUCGACGAGUGUACCCAGUUCCCCGGCUUGUGUAAGAAUGGAAUCUGUCGUAACACUCUUGGUAGCUUUGUUUGCGAGUGUUCUACAGGCCUGACUUUGGACUUCACACAAAAAAACUGCGUGGGUAAGCAUAGGUUUGGUCCGUCAAUGUUAUGAAAAGAUGAAAACUGCUGGCUUAUACCUCUUGCAAAAAAACCCAUCUCGUAUGAUCUCAUUUUUUUACCUUUCCUGUUUUGAUGAGUUAUGUGGGCGUUGAUUUCAGCAAUUUCCUAGAACUGAUUUCCUUUUGAUAGCUAUGAAUUAAAGAAUAAAAACGUCCAUCAACCGGCGGCUGAAGAAACGACUGCCCAGUUAGCUCAGCGACACUGAUCGCUGGUGCAGAAGUUGGGUCUAUCUGAGUGUACAUUAUUAUGCGAUCGUAAAGAUCAUGGUAAUCAUUCAAACCAUCUUCUUAGCGAUCACAGCGACCUAUAAAAACAAAUCCCUUGUUUUUAGACAUAAAGCAUGAUAAAUUUCGUUGAUGUUACCAAGAUUAAUGACAAUUAUGAUUUUCUGUCGGUCUUCUCCCAGAUCUUCGGGAGGACGUGUGUUACGGUUCUGUCUCCUCUAGUGGCUGUGAAAGGCCAUACCGAGGAAGGUACAAAAAAGUAGACUGCUGCUGUUCCAAGGUGGGAUCGGGUUGGGGUAAUCCAUGCCAAGAAUGCCCAUUAGAAAACACAGGUAAAUAAAUACGGACAAGGAAAUAUCAGGCCACGAUGGUGAACGUUCUAUAAAUACCUCAUCCCUUCCAAAUUAUGAUUUGAUUUCAAGUCACUGUCUCCCAAGUGUCUCUCUCGUGUGUUGUUUACUUAUUUUCGGCGUGGCGAGUCAACUGACGUCCCUUGAGUUUCCGAGGUUGAAGGAGCAAAAUCUUAGACAUGUGAAACAAGCCGUUUCUAGAUUGCUCUGAGAAGGGCUAACGCUCGAAACGUCAGCCUUUAAACUCUUUACGGUGGCUAAUUUACGUUUUCAACUCGGUUGUUAACACUAAAUUACCUGUUAUACUCUUCCAUCGACGCAGCAGCAAAGUUUCUUCCAGAAACUUACUCCCUUUAUUCAUUUCUAGGUUCUCCUAUUGGGAGUGAUCUGUGACUAAUUUGCGCGGGAUUUCCUUUAUAGUAACAAAAUCGAGACGCAAAUUUCUGAAGUCGAUGUUCUCUUGGAAUAAUUAAGCGUAGUAUGUUAACGAGAAAUCUUAUUGUAUUCUCAUAAUAUUUUAAACAGUUUACUGUACAGUUUCAUUAAAAGAAGCGACUCUUUGAAAUAAAGGCUACCCUAGAGUGACACAGAAUUUCCAACAAAUAUCCAGAUGCUACUCCUACUCGGAAAGUAACGCGGCUUCUCCAUGUAAUCUACAUUUUCGAACUGGAGAGAACUCAGAUUCAGGGUGAAGUACCUGAUAUCCCCUUUUUUUCUCGAUGUUUUCAUGUGGAAGAAAUCAAUAGAGAAACCGUGCCGGGACCCCAGCGGAUGGGUUGUAACUGCAACUAUGUUGUUUCAUUUAGAUCCGUUUGAAGAACUAUGCGGCAAUCGAAGAAAGGGAUUCAAGACUGUGGAUAGUCAGACCGGACCGAGAGUUGAAGGUUUUUCAUAUCGUGAAAAAGCCAGGCAUUUUAAUUCAUUUUAUUUAUUUUCGUUUUACCAUUCCGUUAUUCCAUUGUGAGCUUAUCACUACCGUUUCCGCUCUUAUUUUAGAUGUAAACGAAUGUGCGAUUCAAGGCAUUUGUAACAACGGACAAUGUGUGAACGCACAGGGAGGAUUCCAGUGCGAAUGUACAUCAGGGUACGCCUUGGACAGUGAGGGAAAGGACUGCAUAGGUAAGGAAUACUUUUUCAUACCCUCAGCUCGAUUUUUUUCUAGAAAAGAAUUUUCCUAACAUCUUCAAGUAGUUGGUGCUAUGGUAACAAAAAUUGAGUUUACGAUUUCCUCAUGCAAGACGACUGCCUUUCGCGCAUGAAGAAGCUCUUUAAAUCACUAAUUUACUUGAUCUAUUCCUCAAUCAAAUUCAAGUAUUUUUUUAUUUAUAUGCACCAUACUUUAAAGAUUUAAACUUCCAUUUCAUUCUUCCAAAAGGUCUUGAUAAAAUUGUCCCCGCGGGCUUUUCUCUCUCCUGCAAGAAAAGCCGCUUGUCGAGGGAUAGUCUUAGACUGUUUGCUUAAGUGUCAAAGCCUUAUGUUAAAUUUCAAAUAAAGAUAGCACUGAAAACAAGUUCUUUGAGUAACAUACGUCCAUAUUGCCGUUUUGCAGAUAUCGAUGAAUGCCGGAUAUCUGCGGGGUUGUGUGGCAAUGGAACUUGUACCAACAUCGCUGGAAGCUUUCGCUGUGACUGCUUUACUGGAUUUGAGAAUGCUCCAAUGAUGAUGGAGGUCUGUAUUGGUAAGUGCUAAGAAAUUCGAUCACCUUCCGACUCUCUUAACAAUGUAAUUCUGGGCUUCCUCAGAAUUGCAGUUUGCCACCCAUUGGUUUUGCGAAGCUUCUCAGGGCCUCUUGAAUCACAUAGAGAUUUAUGCGUUGUGGUAAGUUGAACAGGGAAAUCAGGCCAUUGGUCGGGUACGUAAUAUAUGGGUCGUCAGUGUUGAAUAUAGCACGCAUAUAUUGAAGGUAAAGGAAUCCCGUCGGUUGAAGGUAAUUUCCAAAAAAGGCACUUCUUAUUUCUUGAUAAGGCUUUUAAAAUACUAAUGUUACUUUCAAAAUUUUGACGCCGCGCACUGUGAUGCAGUUCAUUGGCUGAAUGUAAUGCACUGGACAGUGAAUUUUUUUUUCUUCAGACAUCGAUGAAUGUGAGCGGAAACCUUGUACGGACGGUACAUGCGUGAAUACUGAAGGAAGCUACAAGUGCAUUUGUCCCAACGGAAUGGAGCUUAUGAAGGAUAAUGUGACGUGCGAAGGUUAGUUUUAUUUUCAACAUCCUUAUGCUCAUUGUUGACCGCGAUGGAUUUGCUUCGUACCCUACACGGAGGUUUUACUUGGUAAAAAAUACAUAGUCUCAUCGAUUGCGAGUGGCGAAGAAGGUAGAGAGAUGAUAGCUGGAGGGUGUCAGAAAUAAUCAACAUGUAAUUUACUCUAACAAAAUAAAUACAUUUCCCAGAAAACUGAUUCUGAGACAGGACAGUAAAACGUGUUGACGGGAGGGUCUUGAUAAAACGCCGAAUUCUCCUAACUAAUUUACAAGGAAAUGAAUGACAACACAAUUGAGAAGUACAAUUGGGAUCUUGGAAACGAGCGGGUAAAGUGAAUCCCGUCGGAUUUAUAUUUUAGUGAAUGAGCUGACGAUGCAGGCGUGUAGAAAUCACAAUGAUACAUCUCGUUGACUUUGCUAGAGAGCAACCACCAACUUGUUAACGCGCAACUUUAUUUUCAGACGAAAAUGAAUGUUCAGAUCCAAACAAAUGCCGUAAUGGUGUUUGUCAAAACUUCCACGGAGGCUAUCAGUGUUUGUGUGACUCCGGUUUCGUGGUCACGGAGGAUAUGAAGGCGUGUAUAGGUCAGUAUCAUACUGUUAUGUAUGUUCCGGUCAAUAGGCUGAUCCCAGCUAUGGAGUCGAGUAAUGCUCAGUGACAACAGGAACAACGUGCGUCAUAAGAACGUUGGGUCACAUUUGAAAAUCGCCAAUGGCUGCGAAGGAGAUUUUUUUUAAAUAAAUGUUUUGCCAAUCACCCGAGUAGAGAUACUCAACAGCCGAUAGAAAGCAUUAAGCUGAUGUUCUAAGUAAUAUUAUAAAUUUAUGUGAUUGAGCUAUUUCGUCUGCAUUAAUAUACUACACUGUUUUAGAUUACCAAGAUUGCAUAUGAUAGUCUCAACUUAAUGUGUUAAUGUUCACAGAUAUCGAUGAAUGUCAAGUGGAUAACGGGAACUGCCAGGAAGUUUGUAACAACACUCUUGGUAGCUUUGUGUGUGACUGUAGAGCUGGCUUCACGUUGCAGCCUGACGGAGUCACAUGUGGAGGUACGGCACAUGCGUAACGAUUCUCAGAGAAAACCCUAACUUUUUAUAAUCACAAAUUGACUGGGUUCAAUUGCACAAUGAUCGUUGUCGAAUAGCGACCUAUUUAUUUUCCCGUUCAAAUUUCUUGUAUUUUAACAAACUUCUUAGCAUUUCUUUGUCUUCCGAAGAUGCUCUUGGAAAUGGCACUGACAACACAGGUACCCCAAAUAUGUCAUUCAAACAACAAUGACGCUUACGCGUGCUCUCAUAUAUUUUUGAAAAAAGGCAAUUACACUUGCGUGCUGAACCACCAAAUACCUUUCUCCAGGAUUCCUGAGUGCUACUCCGAGUUGAUGAAUGCGUGUUCACCAUACCUUUGAUUACAGAUAUCGACGAGUGUUCGCUUGGUGUGGACAUUUGCGGGACGAAUAACACAUGCACGAACUCUGAAGGCGGGUACUAUUGCACCUGUGGCCCUGGAUAUGUGCCUGCUGUUGACAGGAGAUCCUGCAUUGGUAGGCUAAACUUAUAAGCUGUCUUAUAUCUAAUUUAUGUUUAAAAAAUGUCGUAAAAAAUCGAUUUAAUGAAGAGAGACGACUUAGUUAAGAUUACAAAUACUUCAUUUAAAGAUGCAGUUAAGAUUUCAUUAGCGCAAUUGUUCGAAUGAUAUCAUAGUAUAGUUUUGCUCUAUUUUUACUUUCAGACUUGGAUGAAUGUCAAAACGAUCCUGAGCUUUGUACUAACGGUGUCUGUCGAAACACUCAAGGCUCGUUUGAAUGUAUCUGUGGCAAGGGAUACGUUUUGGCCAAAGGGACAACUGCAUGUAUUGGUAGGUGCCACGCCUUAAAAGGGGCUUGGCUAUGACUAGUCUGUUUUGCAGACUCUUUACUGUUCUUGUUGAUAUUAAUGCUGUUUUUUUUCCAAGUGAGUGAGGGGAAGAUGUCACGCAACACUUAUCCAAAGCCUUGCGUGACAUACCUAAAGAUGGCUGCAAAGGAGACCAUUCCACGCCUAUCUAAUAUUGAGAAAUUCAGCAAACUCUUUCCUCCUAUUGGUUCUUUUUAAUGCGUGUCAGUGUUCUCCAUCCUUAGUUAACUUAAUCUAUCUGUUUCUCUUCAGAUGUUGAUGAAUGUGUUAUAGAUCUGGCUCAGUGUGGUAGCAAUGCUGACUGUAGUAAUACUAUUGGCAGUUAUACAUGCGAUUGUAAACCUGGAUUCGCCGGAAGUGGUAACGAAUGCAUAGGUGAGUGUCUAGAGUGAAAGAAACCUUUUCGUCAGCCUAUUAUGUUUAGUGCAAAUCUACCAGCGAACUAUCCCAAAUGCUUCAAUUUGAUAGGCUACGCCACCCGCCGUUGGGUGCAAAUGAUCCAUUUUUUUCCUCAUUUUAUUCCUUCAUUUAAACUAAGUCGUUUUCCAUUAAUUUUUUCAUUUUAUGACCCUCCCUUUACAUCAUCUUUCUUCACCGCACAGAUAUCAACGAGUGCGUCACAGGAGCUGCCAGGUGUCAUUUCAAUAGCACGUGUGUCAACUCUCCAGGCUCUUUCAGUUGUGUUUGUGGGCCAGGUUACACAGGAGAUGGUUCUUUUUGUAACGGUAGGCUAUAAUGAUAUUUAGUUACUCUCUUAUACUAAAUUCAUAUCCAUCAAGGAGACUUCCGGUAGAUUACGAACGGAUACACAGUUCCAAAUUUGUACUUGAAGUAUUAUUAAAUGUAUCCACGCGGUAGUAUUUCUGAAGUAAGAAGUAUUUUCAAAAAGGCGUAUUUCCCAGAUAUAGCAACAAUGAGUAUACGUGCCUCAUUCUACAAUUGAGAGCGAUGCAGAAUAAAAGAGCAAAGCAUGUCUCAGUUAUACGAGUACUUCUUCAAAAACCCCUUUCCACACGUGAAACUUCCUUUCAAGUGGAACUAAGCACUCGAAGAUGCAACUCAUUAAUACUUUGCAAGACGCGGCAGAUUGAGAAUGCGCUCUGCAAGCGUCGAAAUUUUACUAACUUGGCCCAUGAUGUCGCGAUUUUCAGAUAUCGACGAAUGUCUACUGGAAGAUAAUCUUUGUGAUCACGGACAGUGCACUAAUAAAGCUGGCUCAUAUGAAUGCGAGUGUGAGCUUGGAUAUAUACCAGCUGAAGAUAAAAAGAGCUGUGUUGGUAAGUUACUCUAUCAACUGAUUUCCAUAUCGGUUACUUACGAAUAGCGCAGUACUGGGACCAACUCCAUUUCAACUACAGCAAAUGUAGGCUCGAUUCCCAAGCCGCUGCCGGGAAAUGAGCCCGCGCUCCUCCUGUUAACUGGAACAUUUACAACACUAUUGGGAAGUUUGCCUAAGUUCUCAGGAGAAUUCUACUAGAGCCGGAGAGUUGUUUUCUAAGAUCCCUCCAGCUCCUUAAUAAAGCCUUCCGUGCUCUAAUGCCUUUUCACUUUUUCUCCUAGAUAUCGAUGAAUGCAGAAUGUUUCCAUUGUGUAAAAAUGGCCGCUGUGAAAAUAUGCCAGGGAUGUUUCGUUGUAUUUGUGAUGAUGGAUUUCAGCUAGAUAAACAAGGCACGAACUGCACAGGUAUUGAUAAAGACUGUUCAAAACCGACUUGCUGAACACUGAGAAAUUACUUCGUCAUGAAAAAUAUGGUAAAUACGUCUUCUUUUCCUUUUUUCAGAUAUCGAUGAAUGCUCCGUGACAGGAAUGUGCAUUAACGGUCGCUGCGUGAACGAAAUGGGUACAUACCGCUGUGAAUGUGAUGGCGACUUUAUGCCUAACCCCGCGGGCUCAGGAUGUAUCGGUAAAAAAAAAGAUUCCUCUUCAAAUUGUAAAUGCAUGCUAAACUCAGUUUAGCAUUUUAUUCUUGAAAUUGUGCUCUUUCGAGACAUAUUGGUUUAUGAUUACCAGAUUCCAGGUCAGUAUUUCCGCAGACCUCUUUCGUAAGCUCUUUCUUGUUUCCGAAAAGAGGAAAGGAAGCCCUUGAGUACGAAGUUGUUUUUGUGCUUGUUUUGAAAGAUUAAGGGCAGUGAUCCUGUCAGUUUUGGAUAACCCAAUAGAUUGUCCAGUGAAUAUUAAAAAAAACGUUUAAAACAAUGCUGGUAGUCUAUUUUUUAUUCUCCUUUCACAGAUAUGCGAAAAGGAAAGUGCCAUUUAAGUGUUGUGAAUGACACUUGUAUGAACCCGCUGUCCCCAGCUCAUCGCGCGGUGUGCUGUUGCACGUCAGGAAAGGCCUGGGGAGAACCGUGCGAACCGUGUCCUCAGAAGGGGACUGGUAAGAAUGAGACUUUGUCUUAUUUUUAGAAACAUGGUGAAAAAGUUCCAGAGUGACUGAGGUAUCCUUUUUCAGCUAAUUAUGUAACUUAGAAGUUUGCGCGAUAAAGCAAUCGAUGCUUUUAAGGGAGGUUCAGUUAUCUUAAGCGUAAAAAUCUAUCUUUGAUUUCGCUCUUGUUUUCGCGUAUUGGCGCUUUAUUUCAUUAUUACUCUAACAAUUCCAUAUUCAUCCUCCCUUUCAGAGGAGUUUCUGCGGCUGUGCCCCGGUGGGAUAGGAUUUGUUCCAGAUCCUUUCACUCUUGUCAUUAAGGGUAGGUUCUUUAUAAUCUGUUUUUUUCUUAAUAUAAUAUUCGUUUGACGCGUUUUGUUUUUUAAUCAUCUCAUAGAUGUGGACGAAUGCCGGGAACUCCCGGGGGUAUGUAGUCAAGGGCGAUGUUUAAACACUCUUGGAAGCUUUGAUUGCUUCUGUCCUAAAGGAUUCAAACACGACAUUUCUUCUGGAAAAUGCAUUGGUAAGAUGAAGUCUAAUUUCAAUUGAUCGUUCAGUUUCUCCUUUAUAUUCCAUUUCCAUCAUUUUAGUUAUCCCUCUUACUCCAACGGUUCAUAUUCGCAAUUAUUUUCCUCGUUGAAAGCUUAUCUUGACCCUUCACACCCUGAUAUCAGUAUACAUGUUCUCCAUACUAUUCAUUAUAUGUUUCCUAAGGUGCUGAAAACGAGAAUUUGUUUACCAAUCAAGAUCCUCUUUAGUUAGUGAUGAUUUCCUUUGUUCUCGUGACUUUUAUGCUUGAUUCAGGGGUGAUAUAGGAAGAAAAAUUAGAUACUGGUCACUCUCAGUGGUUUAAGGGUUAAUAAGCUUCUGUUUUCUUUAGAUGUUGACGAGUGCAAAGAACUGAUCUUCAUUUGUGGUCUUGAUGGGAUAUGCAUCAACACAAAUGGAAGUUAUGAGUGUGUCUGCCCCGAAGGACAAAAACCAAACCCGAACGAUAAACGUUGUGAAGGUAAGUGACGUGGCUAAAGGUUUUCGCACUGUUUCCUCUCAAUUUUUCAUUCCACCAGCUAAUAUCAGUACCUUUUUUUCUUUUUUUUGGUAUUUCGUAAUUGAUCUACAAAACGAAACAACUCAGGCGGUUUUCCUUUUGUUUGAAUUUCCUUGUGGAAACAAUGUGCCCAGUUGAAGGAGCGAGACAGUUCCAGGAAAUGGCAUUACUGGGUUUUGUCGAACUGGCCUCUUUGAAUAAACUCAGUUUUCCCUUUCCUGCGCGGAACACCUGCAAACCUUGCCAAAGUUUUGACCGACGAAUAACGUAGACGAUCUGUUAAACCAAUUAUCAACCCUUCUGGGAUUGAAAACAUGUUAAGACCACAACGCAUACAGCUGCAGGCCCACGGAAUAGACUUUCGUUCCCCACUUCCGUUAGAAAUGAUCAACUUUCUUAUUUUAGCUGAGCCGGAUAAAUACACAGCGCGCCGAGUAUUUUGAUUUAAUCAAAAAUUUUAAAAAAAAUAACAGUUGUUGCCUUUGUUUUAGACAAUCGACCGCAAGAGUGUUUCAUGGAAGUGGAGAACGAGGCGUCUUCAAAUCCUGUUUGCAAGGGCAAGUUUUCUAAGAACGUGACGAGGGGCGAUUGUUGUUGCACUGGAGUGGGGGCGGCGUUUGGCUCAGAGUGCAAGCAGUGUCCAAAGAAAGAUUCAAGUAAGAUUCAAUUACAAAUUUUUCUGAAUACUUUAUGACUCUUUUGAAUAUACUGAGAGAAAUUGGUUUCAUCAUCAAGCUCUGAGCAGCCAUUUUCCCAUGACCAAGCUAGUUCUGUGGUACUGUAGGACCUACAUAACCCAUAUUAUAACAGUCCUUCACGCUUUUUGAAAUAAGGCUUGAGAAUUCAUUUCCUUCCUCUGUAUUCACUUUCCACAGUCGAAUGGACAGCCUUGUGCCUGUCCAUAACACGCGUGACACCAACUACGGGUAUUGAAAUAACUCAUCCCACUUCCGAACCCUCCGGGGUUGUUCGCCCUUCUGAAGGGGUAACGGCCCCAUCAACGACAGUCAAACCUGUGACACAACCGCGUAGAGGUAAGAGAUGGAUAACCUCGUAUAGAAGAUACAAGAGCCACUUGAAUAACGAUUCAUAUCUACCUAAAAAGACAAUUUCCGAAUUUUUUUCGGUGAAAAUUUGAACUUUCGGCUUUUAAUCUGAAGCCUUUAAAAACUAAGAUAUAAAUGCAUGGGGGGAUAUGUUUCUAAAGAAACUUUGGUGCUGCGUCGGUGGGAGAGUAUAGCAGGUAAUUUAGUGUUAGCAACUGAGUUGAAAACGUAAAUUGGCCACCGUAAAGAGUAAAAAAGCUGACGUUUCGAGGAAGAAGACUAGGCGACAGAUUCCGAGAACACCUUCGCGACCUGGAAAGAAAUGACAAGAGAUAAAAUGCAUAAAUGCAUGGAAUCGAGAGUACUUGCCAAAUGAAAGUUGAAAAUAAUGUUAAAACGAUAGAAAAUGGCAAAAAAGUUCUAUUUUUUAAAUAGUACAAUAUCGUUGUGGAAAAGGCUUGUGGCUUGCUAUGUUUUAAGCGUUUCUGGUAUUAUCAACUUCUCUUACAUCUAUGUCCUAAAAGUAUUAAUUAUAUAUAUAUUAGUUUUAAUUUUCAUUUUAGCUUUCAUAAGAUAUCGGAGAUUCGCUACCUCUUGAUUUUGAUUUGAUUGUUUAGGAGUAUUUUUAAAUUAUUGAAUUCUCUGUUGCAGUCGUGGAUGAGUGCGAACUGUUUCCAGAACUUUGUUUGUACGGAGAAUGCAUCGACACGCGAGACAGCUACAGAUGUGAAUGCCCGCUUGGUUACAAGCUUGGCCCAAGAGGUGUAAUGUGUAAAGGUAAAUAUGAUAUUUCGAUUAGCUUUUCAUCCUUCUGGGUGAGUUUCAAGUUGUUGCUAGAGCACUGGAAGGAUCAAAAGGCUCCAAUUGCAACCGUGGCCUGUUCCCUUAUUGGCUGGUAAGAGGUCCGAAGAGACCAAUGACGAGCAAUCUUUAUCGCCUGACGAAAAUCGCUGAAGAUGAUAUCCCAAAAAACACCGCCAAAUUGACCACAUCUGGAAAAAUCGAAAAACAUCUCGAUUACUUCGUUCUCUUAUGAUUCUCCUUUUAAGCUCACAGGUUUAUCAGUGACUGCAUUGUUUUUCCUUCUAAAUAGAUGUGGAUGAAUGCAAGAUGUCUCCGUGUAAGAAUGGUACUUGUCUAAACACCUUCGGCAGUUUCCUAUGCACUUGUCUAAAGGGAUUUAAACUCGACAUUACAAGACUGGCCUGUGUAGGUAAGUAAAGUCUGUCAGAGCUAAUUUUUUAGCUUCUCGUUUCUUAUCCAUACUCUAGACCUAGCCUACUUAAAGGUCUCUUCUCCAAACCUUGCCACCUAUCACCUUGUCAAUUCUUUCUAUUCUUAUUUUCCCUUUUCUACCCUCUUCCCAUCCACCUCUCUCCUCCCCUCUUUUCCUGUUUUCACAGGCGAUAAUUCCUUUCUUUUCUCUGAGCUUCUUUUCCUUCUAAAAAACUUUACCACAGCCGAAAACUGGUCUUUGUGGUCUUAAUGUAUCAAUAGCUGAUCCUCGUAGCGUGUGAGGCGCUUUCAAAGCGCCUCUCACAAGCUUUUGAUAAGUGUAGCGGUGAUUGUGUGAGACAAGCAAAAGCAGAUGAGUUUUCUGCUUCUUACAGAGGCCCCAGCUAAUUUUCCGCGCAGGUGACUAAUUUGAAAAUACCCUUUAAUAACCUGCUAACCUACGAACGGUGCGGUUUUUUUAUCCAAUAUCUUACAAGAUCUAGACGAAUGUCUUGAGCCAGGAUACUGUGAACAUGGGCGAUGCGAAAACUCUAUCGGUGGCUUUAAUUGCCAGUGUAACAGAGGCUAUCAGAUCACAACUGACGGAAAGACGUGUGUAGGUAGGUGGAUAAAAUACUGAUAAAAUCUUGGUGUACUGCCAUUUAUAGCUUACAUUGCCACUUGUGCAGUUGUAAUUUCAGAAUAUCAUCGAGAAAGUCAAUCACAAAUAAACUGGUGCAGGAUCCGCCUGUUCAAUUCGAAAAGGCUUAAAAUACUGGACGUACUGUUAAUAUCGCUCACCUGCGAGUAGGUGUAUCUAAAUUUGGGUGCUUUCCAACUUGUACGAAUAAUUUAAUUAAUUAAUAUUUCAUUUACGCUUUAAAUUAAGUUUGUGAUAAGUAUAACGACGACUAAGUCGCAGUUAUCACUGAAAUUUUCUUCAUUUUCUUCUAGAUGUAGACGAGUGCUCGCAGGUCAGCGGUAUUUGCGUCAACGGGACAUGCGUCAACACACAGGGAUCUUUUCGUUGUAAUUGCUUCAAUGGCUUUAGGCUCGACAGUCGAGGCUACUGUAAAGGUGAGUUGUAAAUAUUACAACAGAUAACGGAUGGUCUCUAUGUCUCCAUGUUCUGCAAUGCUUGAACUUGAAAAAAUAACGUAAGAAGAAAGAAAUGGAAGAAAAAGUGGGAAAAAAGAAAUGGGAAAAAAGAAAUGGGAAAAAAGAAAUGGGAAAAAAGAAAUGGGAAAAAAGAAAUGGGAAAAAAGAAAUGGAAAAAAGAAAUGGGAAAAAAGAAAUGGGAAAAAAGAAACGGGAAAAAAUGGGAAAAAAGAAAUGGAAAAGGAAGAAAGAAUGGACAAAAACAAAUUUCAUGCUCUAGUAAUAAUGGUUAUUUCUGAGGUACUUGGUAUGAGUUAUGUGGGGCCCUUAACCUAUCACAUAUUGUUGCUCGAACGAGAUUGGUCUAGAGCCGACAUCUGGCUGAAAAUCGCAAGAGCUAAAACCAAAGAAUGUUCGAGGUUUGCAGUUACAAAUAAUAUUCGCAAACAAAUAUUGGAGCAAAUUUCACGCUAAAUGGAGGUUAUUGGGACCAUUUAGCUCUUGAACACUAAAUUAAACUUUUACGUAACUGACAUUAUAUUGCUACUGUUAACCUAUAAAUUGGUUUACCAAUUUUUAAUUAUCUGUUUUCAUCCUUCUCUCGUUAAGUUUUUUUCUGGUUCAUUUUCAGAUAUUGAUGAAUGCUCAGCUGUGGUCGGUGUAUGUCAAAAUGGACGCUGUAUUAAUUCUAUUGGCGGCUUCAGUUGUGAUUGUAUCCCAGGAUACACCGUCACCCCUGACAAAAUGCGAUGCAGAGGUUGGUGGCAUGUUAUUCACGUGCCUUGAGCGAUGCUUCUCGUGUCAUUGAACGUGACAGGAGUGCAUGGCUGUAUUCUAUUUCCCACAAUCUGUGCGUGUUUCUUGUAAAUCUGUUAAAACCUUGAAAUCCUGAGAUAUUUCGGCAUCUUUAUUGCGUUUUGACCGAUUAAAUCAGACAUGUAGGCAAACCACAUGUUAAUUACCGUUGUUGAGUAGUUACUCACCAGUUACUCACGACUGAAUAACCUCUUUACGCAAUAACAUCCUAAAAAUGUUUGACGCUCUCGCUUUCCUGAUUCUAAACGAUUUACAAAAUAUCAGCACCUUUUUGUUUAUCUUCCAAAGUUGUGUUUGCUUCUUGAACCGUUCAUUUGGUAAAUGCAAUCUUCAGUUACUGUGAUGCAAAAAUAUACCCAGUGUUUUAUUUCCUCAGAUAUCGACGAGUGUACAGAGGUGCCAGGAUUUUGCGAGAAUGGUAUCUGUACCAAUACCAUCGGCGGCUCACGGUGCGAGUGCACCACAGGGUUUAGACUGAACCGUGCAGGAAAUGCUUGUCUCGGUGAGGAUCUGCUUUGUCACUUUUGUUUUGUCUUCUCAAGGGUAUUGUUUUGUUAUCGGUGCUGUUUUGGAAAAAUCUUCAGGUCCAAGAAAAACUUAGGGAAGAAACUGGUUAUAGUCACAUCGAUAUGCGCAUGGGACAUGGAUUUUCGCAACGUUUCUGUAUUAUUCACGCCAUGAGUUUCAAAGAGCUACUCACACGUUAGGUGGUUUACUUUCUUCUGAUUUAUUUAUUUAAUUUAUUUAUUUAGAUGUGAAUGAAUGCGAUGAAAAUCCAAACUAUUGUCAAGUUGGUGGUCAGUGUGUGAACACAGUGGGAAGCUACCGCUGUCUUUGUAAUAAAGGUUACGAAGUUGGUAACGGUGGAAGCCACUGUAUUGGUGAGGGCCUUAGAAUGCUCUUGUACUUCAGUAAUACGAAAUUAUCCAUUCAUCCAUCUAUCAUUUCCUCUAUUUCUCCUCUUCUCUCCCUCUUUUCAUUGGCAUUUAUUCAUUCAUCAUCUAUCCGAUGGUCCUUUCAUCUUUUCCUUCCAUCCAUUUAUCCUCUCUUCUCUCUUUUUUCUCCUCAUUCAAUUUUCCAUCCAUUCAUUCAUUCCAUUCAUCAUCUUUCUGAGUCAUUCAUUGAUAAGUUAUUCUCGCCUCGUAAUUACUUUACACCGUAUGAUUAUCUACUUGACUUUUAUUCGUGUUAUACCGUUUUAUACCAGUCAAUUUGUUUCAAUGUCGAUUCAACAGAUGUGCGGGUGGGUUACUGCUUCGAAAAGUUUGACGAGGAAGGUUGCACUAAACCUAAUGGACGCGAGAUGAGAAAAGCCAUGUGCUGUUGUACCGUUGGAGCCGGCUGGGGUGACCCAUGUGAACUGUGCCCGCAGAAAAAUACUUGUGAGUAUACUGCUAUCGUGCAUCACAUCGUGGUUAGUAAUUUUCUAGAAAUAUGAAAGACAGUCUGCGUUUCCAAGGAAAUGUUUGGAAAACUCACGUAGUGGAAACUGUGGAAAACCUCUAAGUUACAGAACAUCGAGCAAUUUUCUCUAUCCCUUAUUUCAAAGGAUUCAAAUGGUUACGGAAGUUGAGUAAUUCUUAUUUGGGCUACGAACUUCAAAGAUUGGAAAUCUUCAAAAAUCAUCUGGAUUGAAUGACUAAAAAUUUUUCUCAGAACGUUUAACUCCUAUUUAUGUGCCAUGGUUCGGUAAUUUUACUAACCCAUUUCAGGUUUUUGUAGACUUCGAUAGGAAUGAGGAACGACUGAUUUUAAUAAAGUGAAAUGGUGGGAUACUUCUUAAAGUUAGAGCUAUACAAAAACUUUGCGCAUUGCUUUUGAAUCAUUUGCUUCCAAGUGGAUGUUUACCCAUGCGGAAGUGAUGUUAGAUAUGCGGGACACAUUUGUUUCAAGAAAAUCACAGCUGAGCGCAGUGAGGCAAAGCUGAUGGAAUCCUUCGACUUCCCAUUUGAAAUUUACACUCUAAGGCGCUCACGUUGUUUUUCAGCUGCCUUUACCCAGUUGUGUCCCAAUGGUGUUGGAUUUGUGAUGGACAGGCACGGUGUUACAGGUGAGAUACAGUACAUAGGCGAAGGCAGUUUUUACUGCUUUUGUCCAAAACAAAACAAUUCUAUUCGCUUUCCUGCUGGAGCAUUUAGCAAUGUCGGCUCACAGGUAUUCUGGGUUUUGCUGCCUGUAUCCUUUUUUGUGCAGUUCUUAACAUUGCACUGCCUUUUGUUUUCGCUGUUACAGACGUGAAUGAAUGUCUCCACAUCGCAAAUCUUUGCGAAAAUGGAGAAUGCAUCAACAAUGAUGGAAGCUAUCGGUGCAAAUGCAAAAUGGGAUAUCAGCUUGAUGAAACUGGAAAGAAGUGCGUCGGUGAGUAAUUUUGUUAUACCUUAGCUUUGUCAAGUGCUAUGUUUUUUAUGACACUAGAAGGAUUGACCGAGCUGCUAAGUAACGCAUUACAAGAAACCAGUGUUGUUGAGGAUGAUGACGACAACAAUCAUAAAAUGACGAAUAAGAAUGGCUAGAGCGAUAAUGGUGAUGAUGAUAAUGACGAAAACGACGACAGGCCUGUUUCGUAACAUCCAGUCAAUUAGCUCUUUUGUAUUGUUUUGUUUUUAUCUCCGCAUUAGAUGAAGAUGAAUGUGACAUGCCCGGUGUCUGUGGUAAUGGUCUUUGCGUCAAUACAGAAGGCUCUUACACAUGCAAUUGUCCAAAGGGCUAUGCACCAGGCCGCUUCUCACCACGUUGUUCUGGUAAGGACUGGGUUCCAGGUUACGUGAAACACUUUAUCAAUGAGUAACUGCCUCUUGUGUUUUUUUGUAACGUACUUCUGUUCUUUCUACGUUUAACGCAUAUUUUUGGUUCUCUAUAACUGAAAAAAUUGUGCUCUAAUUUUAAAACCUGCUUUAAUUCCAUAGAUGUCAAUGAGUGUGUACAAAACAACGAUCUUUGCGCGUUCCGUUGUGUGAAUCAGCCGGGAAGCUACCGAUGUAUCUGUCCUCGAGGAUUCGACUUGGCCCCAGACAAGAUUCAUUGCAGAGGUAAAGGAAGGCCUCAUCAAUGGCACACAUCACGUGUUCAGAUAUAAUCAUGAAGUCGAGGCUUAUUUGUAUCUUAUUGGAAAAGAUGAGAUAAACAACCAAAGCAAGAUGGAACAAAAGCCUUCCUUCGGUUGUCUUUGUUUUUUUCUGUAACAAGUUGCAAGCAGACUUGUUUCCAAUAGACGUUGAAGGUUGAAACCUGUUUUCCAAAUAUGCGUAAAAACGUCGUUAUUGUAGCUCAGUAUGGCUCAUUUCUGUUACUAUUCUAAAACCAAUCAGCUUAAAACAUGCCGAGGAAGCUUUUCUCAUUCAAAACCAUGAGCGUUAUCGUAAGAAAAUUGGAGAUUUUAAUUAAUUUUAAAUAAUCAAAAGAAAACUAGAAGAACUUGGAGUUGUUGCAAAUUUGAACACGAUUGUUUUAAUCUGCUUUUUCCUUCUCUGUAGAUAUCAAUGAAUGCAGAGAAAACACCAGAUUGUGUCCGUUCGAUUGUAAGAAUUUUAUCGGCGGUUUUAAGUGCAGGUGUCCCGCGGGAUUCAGAGGAAAUGGUCAGAUAUGUGAAGGUAAGCUGAAUUGUUACAUUGACGAAUAAUUGAUAUAUUUAACUUACACCCAAACAUUGCACGCACGUUACACCCAUAAGUAAAAAGAUGUCAUAUCACGAGGAAAAAACAGCUACACAUCGUCUGUAAAGGAAAUUAAUGAUUUAGGAAACGGGAAGGCUUCGAGUGAGGGACAUCACGUAACUUGGAGAGCGCGGAUGAACGUCAUAUCUGUCAAAAAUUGACUCAUUUCGAAAUGUAGAGUACUGACUUCUACCAAAUUGGUGGAAUCUGUAUAUCGUGCUGCAUGGCCUAACAGGUAAGUUUAGUUUAAGACAGAUGAUUUUCUACGGCUGCCUGAAUUUUCAGGGGUUUAGAACCAAGCAUCAAAGAGAUAAAUCGACGUCAAUUAUUUGACAAAUAUUUUCACUGACUUUUCCCUUAGAUAUCAAUGAAUGCCGGGAAAAGUUGGAUAUUUGUCAAAAUGGCGCGUGCAGAAACCUCGCGGGGACUUACAUCUGCGACUGUGACUCGGGGUAUCAGCGGACUGCGGAUGGAAAGGAGUGUGAAGGUCAAAUCGCUCAUUGUGAUUUAAAAAAACUGCUUGGAAUUUACUAACGAUGGACCGGCAUCUUAUUCUGAGGAUUUGUUUGUUUGUUUUUUGUCUGCUUGCUUGCUAGUUUUGUUUUUAACGCGUUGAGAAACUUGUUGGAAUGAGAGAGUACUUUAUUCCCUUUUAGAUACGCGAAAGGGACUUUGCUUCGCUGUCGUAAGGAACAACAUGUGUGAAGCCGUCACAAAGGAAAUGAUGCAGGUCCGAAAGAAAGAAUGCUGUUGUACGGCCGGGAAAGCCUGGGGCACAAACUGCCAACUGUGUCCGAGGAAAGGAACUGGUAAGUUGUUUCUUUGGGCAUCUUCAUAGCAAUCUUUAAUUUUUUAUGUCUUUCCUGAAAAUUAAUUUACCUUUCGUACUGUUCCGCAGCUGAAUAUGGUAACCUAUGCCGAACCAUGGCACGACAAAAAAACAACAUGACCCGUAAGUUUUAUUUCAUUUUUUUAUAGUGACUGUCAACGGUGUUAACGUGAUUUUUAAUAUUUUUUUUCUAUCAUUUGUUCUAUUUCUACUUUUUUGUUCUCCAAGCCAAUUCUUUUAUUUUGGUCUAAAAGUCUGCUUCAUAAAGGAGAAAGUGCAGUGGUCAUUAACUGCGAAAAAAUAGUCUUUAAGGGAUUUCAAUAAUAAUUUUGACUGAACUAAUACAACUUACAAGAAAACAGUAUUUUUUGGCUGCGUAUAGCAGCGUAGAGAGUUUCUAAAGCAGACGUUCCUCCGACGGAGGACAAACGCUCGAAACGUCAGAGCUCACUCCCUUUGCGCGCAGAAGCAUUUGUUAACAAGUAACAAGUCAAGAUGUAAAACAUUUGUGUAUGCAUUCGAACUUCGAAUGAUACGUUGAUUAAACUCGUUUCAUUUCAAAUUAUUAUUUCAUAGAUUUAUGUGAGAUGAUCCCAGGCCUUUGUCAGAAUGGGAAGUGUAUGAAUAUUCGUGGGGGAUACCGCUGUAUGUGUAACGUGGGCUACAAACUAACCAUGGAUGCGAAGCGAUGCUUAGGUAAGGGAAAGGUCGUUUUCAUGUUCUAUCACCGGCCUUACUUUCCGGUGAAAAGUAAAAUAUGAAGUGUACAAUGUGAAAUGUGAAAUGUGUAGUGUGAGGUGCAAAGUGUGAAAUGUGAAAUGUGAAGUGUGAGAUUGUGUAAUUUUUGUAUGGAUCGUCACCUCUCUUCCGUGUCAGCUGUCACUAUUACCACAAUUACCUCAUUUUGAAUUUGUAUACGAGUUUUGGUAACAAAUUCUUUCAGUGUUCGGCUAUGUCACAUCGAUUUAAGUGUUAUCGUGUUUCAAUCAACAGAUAUCGAUGAGUGCGCUAAAGAUUCCAGUAUUUGUCAGUUUACUUGUGCAAACACUGAUGGUUCUUACAAAUGUAGCUGUCCCAUUGGAUAUGUGCUGCGAGCCGACCAGAAAACAUGUACAGGUCAGUGACACAAACCCAGCUCAUGUAGAUGUACCUCACCUGUCACGGUGAGUUAGAAAAUUUUAUCCACCUAAAAUCUAAAUCGUAGUUUAGAAAAAAUUGUUAAACAUGUAAAACGUGUUACCAAAGAAAAGAGGUUUAUAUCAGGUGCAUGUAGAGCACGUUCUGGAGAUUUUAGAGUUCUAAUUUUCGUUCUUUUUUUUCCCAUCAGAUGAAGACGAAUGUACUACGGAUCGACAUAACUGUCAGCACAACUGUAUCAAUGUCCCCGGCAGCUUCCGCUGUGGCUGUCCUGAUGGAUUCAUGAAAAAUGGAAUUACGUGUGUUGGUGAGUCAAAUAUGUUGAGAUGUAUCCUGUUCCGUUUGUGUUGUUACCCGCUCUUACCUCGCUGGUGCACAGACAUCUGUCAACUAAAAUAAUAAUAAUGAUGAUAACAAAAAACGGGCGCGUAAUGGAGGAUGGGAAUUUUUGUCUUAAGUCACUUAGCAUAGCAGAGCGUUGUGAUUGCUGAUAAGCAAACCAUAUAUAUGGGAUCCAGUAUUCAAUUUUCCACCCAUCACUGGACGUCUUUGUGUUUAGUUCUUCAAGUUCUCAACAAUCUGUAAAUAGCUACCUCUCACCAAUUGGGAUUUCAAGAUUUAUCUGCUAUAUUUAGAAACCCAAGGGGGUGGGGGGGGGGGAAGGAUAGAGGCAUAGGGUGUGUUUAGUACCCCGUGGUACGCAAAAACGUGAGGUUUACCUUUGGCAUUUUUUUUUUUUAGACAAAGACGAAUGUAUGACAGAUAACAACAUCUGUGGAUUUGGAAGGUGUGAGAACUUGCCGGGAUCUUACAGAUGCGUGUGUAAUCGUGGUUAUACGUAUGAUGAUAAGACCAAGAAAUGCGUUGGUACGAAAAACAGUGAUUAUUACUUUGUUGAGGUUACGGUCGUCUAAGGAAACCGAUUUAUUUUGGAUUAGGUGAUUUAAUGGCGAAUGAAAGCGCUUUGGCUGUAGCAUAAACGAGAAAUGCUGCACCAGAAUAAGUCCUGUGCAAUAUGUGAGGAAUUUUGAGACCAUUCCAUGGCCAGUCAAAGUGUUUAUCUACCGAAGUCUUAUGAUGCAUGAUAGAAGUCUCAAAUUUGAUCAAUUUUUACUCUAAUCGUCGUGAAUUGACUUGGUGCUGCCGUAAUUGCCCUUUCAGAACUAGUCAGCAGCUGAAAAUACGUUCCCUCGAAGUUUGAAUACAAAAGUCGACAUUUAUGUUACUAAAAUUUAUCAUAUUUUUUUUGUUCAGGAAAUAACAGAUGUACUGGAAAUGCGUGUCAAUAUGGUUGCUUCAACCUCGGGGGUGGAUAUCGAUGUGGAUGUCCCCCCGGAUACACGCAGGAUUUUUACUUCAACCAGUGUGUUGGUAAGUUUAAUCAUCUUUCGCCAUAAAAAAUGGCGAUAAACCUCGUUUGCUUUUACGAAGAACAAUGAAACAGAUCCACAGUUAUCUCUUGUUACAUUUUUUUUUCUUUUCCUUCUCUGCUUUCUUUGCUUCUAUUUUUCGCACUGAAACGAGGACGUAAUUCCUAUAAUACUAAAGAAUCCACUAUUCCCUUCACAUUGUGCGACACUGCAGGCUCUUAUGUCCAGUGGCGUUACUUAUUUCUGAAAAUAUUUUUUGUCGCAGAUAUCAACGAGUGUCGGAGCAGACUUACUUGUGGACAGGCGCAGUGUAGGAAUACAUUAGGAGCAUAUUACUGUACAUGUCAUCACGGAUAUGUGCUUAAUCCAGAUGGCCGAUCGUGCCAAGGUAAGGCAAAUGUUCGUCCCUAGCGCUAUCAUGGCAUUUUAAGCUGCCAUUAACUUCCUUUUUAUCAGCGUUGUUGAAACGUUGUUGCUAAUCAGACGGGCUGAGCAGCCGUUCCUUCUUUCAUGGUGGAUAUCCAAAUGGGGAAAAAUACAUUACAUUAGUUUUGAAUAACAAAUAAAGGCAGUCUUCACUCUUGGUUAAUAUUAGAACCAAAGCGUUAUUUUAGGUUGUAAUUUUGAGUGCGAUAUCAAACCAGUCUGAAACGCACUCAAGAUUGUUAAAGCAUCGUCCCGAGAAUUUGUCGGUCCACCUAUCUACAUUCCUUUUCAUAAACAAAUUUUGGUAUUUUUGACCUAAAGUAAUUUUCGUGCUCCUGACUAAAUAUCAAAAGAAUUUGUUCGUUAAGUAUGUUAUAGCCUCUCCUGCAUGGAUAAUUCCUUUCUUUCUUGUUUGCUUCAUCAUUAUUCAUAAAAGUUUAAAAUUAAAGAUCUUUUUUCCUUUCAGAUAUGAACGAGUGUGCCUUGGGACUGAGCCCUUGUAGCUUUGGAUGCGACAACAAGCAAGGUGGAUUCAGCUGCCGCUGCCCACAUAGUUAUCAACCUAUAGGGGGAGGGUGAGUACUCUAUUCAUUAUCAUGUGGGGGAGGGGUAAGAAAAACGUAAAUGUGUCGUUUUCUGUUUAAAAAAAAAAAAAAUCAGUUCUUACCUUGCCGUGCCUUCAUUUUGGAAACCUGGGAAAAACUUCAGUUUUGUUCGGGCUGCCUCAAUUGUGUUUUUUUUUGCAAAUAUUGUAAAGGUUAAAACCAAAUUCUUAAAUCUUCCCUUCUGUUUGUUUCCAGACACUGCUUGUCGCCCUAUGGAGAAGCCUGUUACGAGUGUGCGCUGUCCAAAGGGGACGACGAAGACAAAGGUGUGCCUCUUGUGGAGCGAAACCAAACCGGCAGUCAGACUCAGUCUUCCGCACCAUAUCAUGUUGUACCAGCGAGCAGCGGAAGCUAUGGACAGCACCUUCCUUAUGGUAGAAACCAAGGUUAUGGUCAACAUCAACUAGGACAGCGUCAAAUCCAAUUUGGUGGUCAGGCACAAACUUACAAUCAACAAAACUAUGGCCAACAAAACUGGCAAGCGGCACCACCGAAUAACGGCUUUCAAUUUUCGUACACACCUUCAGGGAAGCAGAGGAAACGACGAUCCAUUGGGCAUCGAAUGGAAAAAUUCACCUUACAAAUUCCCACCAACAUCAGCUCAGCUAAGCCGAUCCUAACGCUAGUGCCAGUACUCGCGGAAUUAAACGGAACCUUCAAAUAUGUCAUUGUUCAUGGAAACACGAGCUUGUUUAAAGUGGAACAACGCAAAGGAGUCUCGUUUCUUUUUGUUAAAACACCGUUCCAUCGAAAAGGCGUCUUCCGUGUGUGGAUUAAAGGUGCCAUGCGCGAGAAAGUGACAAAGGAAAUGGUUUCCAAGGAGACGGGGACGAUGGCAACGCAUGGACAAGAAACAAGAAAGAGCAAUGAGAACAAACUUGGAAAAGAAAACGGAACUAAGAAACAACAACACACGCUGGGAUAUCACGAAGCCAAAAGGUUUUCACUUCGUCUUACCAUCAAGGCCGUAUAGACACAUUACACUGCUUAGGCCUUUUUUCAUUUUUAGUUUCUUUCUUUUGUUGAUAAUGUGUUUUAUUUUGUAAAAAGAUAUUGGCCAUGCAUUUUUUUAUGUUCCAAGUUAUAUCUAAAGUCCAUCUUGCGCUGUAAAGAGACGCAUUUUUUGCGUGGUAUAGACAACAACCGUAAAAUUAAAAGCUUUGAAGAAGUAUUUAAGAUUAUAAACUGCGGAGGUGUUAUUGCAUGAUAUCCUGUUUAUUUUAAGUUACCCUCCAUACGGCUGCUUCAUAUAUGAAGGGAAUUUGCAUUUUCAAGAUCAUUAUUUUGUCAACACUUGUUUGCUAAAUAUUUUACCCAUCGAAAUUGUGCGAAAAAGGUAUGUGUCUGGGAAUUAAAAGCUUGCGAUUUCACUUCACGAACAAAUUAUGAUAAAAGGAAAAUACACUUUGCCUAGUUAUUUUUCAAUGAAUAAAACAAACGAGAAAUAUUCCGCAAUUUACUAAAAUUA